GUAAUUUCGAUUCGAUCAACCAAUCGGUGCGAAGAAAGUCGACUAGCCCCGCCCAAUCCCUAUUUGAUUGAUUGAUAAGCGGAGGAGGGCGGGGCUUGUCCCUCCGCUGAACAGCUGGAGACUAGACUCGGUGUAUUUGCAAAGCGCAGUGACAAGCCAGCUGUAAGCCACAGGAAGGAGGAAAAUCACUUUCGUCUCUUUUAUUUUACCUUUAAUUAUUUAACAAUGUAUAAUACACUGAAAGCAGGCUCUACAUGAAACAAUAAAACCGAAUUUAAAGUUUAAAUUAAUGGUACAGGAGGAUAUUAUGUCCAGGACGCCUUCCACCUCAACCCAGGAAAUCCAAAUGGACAUGUUUGAUCACCAAGGCUCUCAGCCUCAGGGGAAGUAUGCAAAGAGAAAGAGCCGUUUCAAACGUUCAGAUGGCAGCACCUCCUCAGACACAACCUCUAACAGCUUCAUCCGACAGGGCUCAGCAGACUCCUACACCAGUCGUCCUUCAGACUCUGACGUGUCUCUGGAGGAGGACCCUGAGGCUCUCAGGAAAGAAGCCGAUAGACAAGCUCUCGCCACGCUAGAGAAGGCUAAGACCAAGCCAGUAGCGUUUGCUGUGAGGACUAACGUUGGCUAUAACCCAGGCCCUAAUGAUGAUGUACCAGUUCAGGGCAUGGCUAUCUCUUUCGAAACCAAAGACUUCCUGCACAUCAAAGAGAAGUAUAAUAAUGACUGGUGGAUUGGGCGUUUGGUGAAGGAAGGGUGUGAGGUGGGGUUUAUCCCCAGUCCAGUGAAGCUUGAGAGCACCCGUCAAUUACAAGAACAGAGAAUGAGACAGAACCGCCUUAGCUCCAGUAAGUCUGGUGGAAGCUCUAGUCUGGAUGUUGCCACUGGUGCCCGGAGGCCCACUCCACCAGGAACAGCUGACUUGUCCUCUGGGCUUUAUGACGAUUCGGAUUCAGAAGUUGAGGAGGUGGAGCCUGCCAACACCCGUGACCAAAAGGGUGUGGGCGGAAGCGUCACCUCUCCUCAAGGCAACCUAUCCCGCCUCCCUUUCUUUAAGAAGAUGGAACAUGUUCCUCCUUAUGAUGUGGUGCCUUCCAUGAGACCCAUUAUUUUGGUGGGACCAUCCCUUAAAGGCUACGAGGUGACAGAUAUGAUGCAGAAAGCUCUCUUUGAUUUUCUAAAACACAAAUUCGAAGGCAGAAUAUCCAUCACCAGGGUGACAGCAGACAUCUCACUUGCCAAACGCUCAGUCCUGAACAACCCCAGCAAACACACGAUCAUCGAGCGCUCCAGCACCAGAUCCAGUCUGGCUGAGGUACAGAGUGAAAUCGAGAGAAUUUUUGAGCUGGCCCGGACACUCCAGUUAGUGGCUCUGGAUGCCGACACCAUCAACCAUCCAUCUCAAUUGGCCAAGACGUCACUGGCACCUAUCAUAGUCUACAUCAAGAUUGCCUCUCCAAAGGUGUUGCAGAGGCUGAUAAAGUCCAGGGGUAAAUCUCAGGCCAAACAUCUCAACGUCCAAAUGGUGGCAGCUGACAAGCUUGCACAGUGUCCUCCUGAGCUUUUUGACAUAAUAUUAGAUGAGAAUCAGCUGGAGGAUGCAUGUGAACACCUGGCUGAAUACCUGGAGGCCUACUGGAAGGCUACACACCCUCCGAGUAGCAACCCACCUAACCCUCUGCUCAACCGCACCAUGGCCACGGCCGCCCUGGCAGCUUCACCCGAACCCGUCUCCAACCUGCAGGUACAGGUGCUCACUUCCCUGCGUCGCAACUUGGAGCUCCUCGAUGGCUACCCUGCUCCAGGGCAAGGGCAACAGGAAGAAGAACACGCCCUGUAAAGACAGGGCCAGGAUUACAAUGGGAUAUUGAAGGGUCCUGUACCCAUCUCCCAAUCACAGAAAUGUAACGAUGGCUGCUCAAGAGAUAGAAAUGCCCAACUAAGUCUGUUGUCUGUCUCUGCUCCUCUCCUUUGACUGAUCUCUCAGUGAUAAACAUAAUGCAACAAACAUAGACAUGAUCAAAAUAUCCCAUACGUGAUCAACAUAAUCAUAAGUCCUCUACAGUCCACACAGUGUCCCCUCAUUUGAAACGCCUGCCGGACUUUACGGUGUCCUCUUGCUGUCUGGGAAUUGUAGCUCAGAUCGCUACCCUCUUCCAGGCUGCCAUGGCACCAGCUCUGAAAAACACACUCAUGUCCAUUAUCCUAUUAACACUGAGCCCAAAUUCUAACAGAAGCUUGUGUAUGUGCAUUAACACCAGUGUUGUUUACCCAAGUUAAACAAACAUGUGUGUGUGUGUGUGUGUGUCUGCGUGCAGAAGUGAGAGACUGUUAGUGCAAAAGUGAGUCAGUGAGGGAGACCGAGGAUAGAUCAGAGGAUAGAUCAGUCAGAUCUCACUGCAAUUUGAACAGGAAAAAAAUGAGCAUCCAUCUGCUCAGUCUUCACCAUUACACAGUUGUCUAGGAGACCAAAGUUACGUAGCUUUGAGAUGAAUAAAAGUCAGUUUAUCCUCUUACAGCAGGGACGGGCAACUUUGAUAGUGACGAGGGCCAGCAAGUUUAUUCAGUGAAAUCAUAGCCUUUUAAAGUUGGAUUGUCAGAUCAAUCCAUAUAGCAGUUCUUGUCUAUUCGUCCCCAAAGACCUCUUAUAAUUUCGACUUUUUUUACCAUUUAAGAAGCCUUAAAUGUAAACAAUGUAACUGAAGAGGUUUUAAGGACCUGUGGAAACCCCUAAUAAGAACAGUGGUGGGAUGGCGAUCGAAAUACAAUACAGAUUUCCAGACAUAAUGGUACCCCCAUAAUGGUACUUGGUAAAAA